UGUAUCCUCUGACAACCAUUGAUUGCUUAUCCCCAAGAAUACAUAAAAAGAAUAUAAUACAUUAGCUAUAUACAAAACUAGAUUUUUGUUUUGAUUGAUUCAAGUUAACUCAUAUCCACUUUUCACUCAAAUAACUACUCCAAUCAUGCAAACCAAUCUCCAGUCCAUCUAUUCACCUCAUCUCAAAACUUCAACCAAAAUAGUUAGCACUUUAAAUGAAAACCGCCAAACGAAUCAACAAUCCUCAACAGGAAAAAUUAAACGACUUGUUCUUAACCAACAAGGUAGAACAAAACUCAACAUUUACCAAGAUCAAGAGUUUUAUGCAUAUCCACGCCUUGUGACUCAUGUUGAUGAUGGAUUCAUUUCUACGUUAACAAAUCUUUACAGAGAAAGGUUGAGACCUGACACAGAGAUUCUUGAUCUCAUGAGCUCUUGGGUUAGCCAUCUACCAAGUGAUGUCAACUACAAAAGAGUAGUGGGACAUGGGAUGAAUUCACAAGAGCUUGCAAAGAAUCCAAGAUUGGAUUACUUUUUCAUAAAAGAUCUUAACAAAGAUCAACAGUUUGAAUUUGAAAGUUGCACUUUCGAUGCUGUUUUGUGCACAGUUAGUGUGCAGUAUCUCCAACAACCAGAAAAGGUAUUUGCAGAGGUGUUUAGGUUGCUAAAACCAGGAGGGGUAUUCAUAGUGAGUUUUAGCAACAGAAUGUUUUAUGAGAAAGCCAUAAGUUCAUGGAGGGAAGGGACUAGUUACAGUAGGGUUCAACUUGUUGUUCAAUACUUCCAAUCAGUGGAAGGUUUCACAGAGGCAGAGGUAAUUAGAAAGCUACCAACAGCAACUAAUGAUAACGACAAGUCACCAUUUGAUUGGAUCAUGAGGCUCUUUGGAUUGUUUUCAGGGUCAGAUCCAUUUUAUGCAGUUAUUGCUUACAGGAAUUUUAAACCAAUACAUGAUAAAUGAAAUGGAGGCUUAAUGUUGUAAAAGUGGAAUUGGGAAAGGUAAAAUAUGAAAUAUUGUUAUUAGCCACUCAUGUGGUUGAAAUUAUGUUCAUAAGAAUUUCUAUGAACAUUACUUUCUAGGUAAAGUUGUUCUAGCAGUGGACAUUUGGCUGAUAUGCGUAAAUAACAUUAUGGCAUCAAACUUUGCCUCCCCUUAUGUAGUAUCGAACUAAAUAUUAAGUAUUAAAGAGUGUAAAUACCAAAUAUCCAUAGGCCUAGAAGCUCAUGAUAUUGUCCAUGAGCAGCCGGCAAGAAAAAAACAUUUUUUGUAUCCUAUGAUCGAUUCCUUUCCGCAACCACGAGAAUCUUUCCCAUCUUCUUCAAA